AUGUCUAGUGAUUAAGUAGAUAGUAGCUUAAAAUAAGAAGAAUCUUAACAAAUUUAAGAUAAUUAACAUAAUACAAUUAUCAGCAAAGAUAUAAAAUCCGAUGAUGAUCAAAAAAAAAUAAUAGAUCUAUAAAAUUAAUAAAAUCAUGAAGAUCAGCAAUAGCUUAGUAAUUUAGAAUCAGAACUAAAGUAAAAUAGUGAAAUAUAAUAGUUUGACUUAAAUUCUUUACAAACUCAACAAAAAUAAUAAAAUAAUAAUUCGCCUGAAUUCUGUGCUGAAAAAUUAGAAGAGUCAAUCAAAAAAGAAUUAACUUUUAACAAUCUUUCUAUUUUAAAUAGCCCAUCAGUUUAAAAUAGAAGUUAGGAUGCGCAAAACUGCCAUAUUUCAGUAUUUAGUGAGUAAGUGAAAGAGAUUAAUUAAUGUUCAGAAAAUUUUGAAGAAAAUAGCGGCAUAGCUGUCAAUAUAAAUAGCAAUCAUACUUAAAACGAUGAAUAGUUGAGUACUGAAAAGGAAGAUAGAAAAUUUAUACCAAGUUAAAAUGAUGCUUAAUAAUAAAACUAAGUUCUAAAUCAAAAUAGUGCAAAAGUUGAAGUUAGUCAUGAAUAAAAUAAAAUUCUAGAUCUAAAAGUUGAUUUAUAAAUGAGUAAUAAUUAGAAUUAAAGUAAUUUAAGCCCAUAAAUAAGUAAAAAUUAGAUUUAAGAUACUUAUGUUGAUAAAAAUAGCUAAGAAGAUAAUAUAAAAACAAAUAAUGUAUUUGCAAAGUAAAUGAAUGAAGAGGAGAAAAAUUAGAAGUAAAUUUAAAAUGAAGAUCACCAUACCUUAGAUUAAGAAUCAAACCAGUCUUAUUCUACAGUGAUUACUGAUAAAAAAUAAAAUAAUAUGAUCAAUAUUAAUAACACCAACUUAAUUACUAAUAAAGGCAAUUAAUAUUAAAUACAUACUCAAGAAAAGAAUCAAAGAAAAUUUACUGAUGAUAUUCUUGACGAUAAUUCAAGCUUUUAUAAUUAAAAUGUUCAUGGGCUAAUUAUACCUGAUGACAUUAGUUUUAUAAAACCAGAGUAAGAUACUAUUUCACCAGGUAAUCAAACUGUAGUUAUUGCUGAAGGAGCUAUGAAUUAAACUUAAUCUAUUUAAUUUUAAGCUAUUAUUGAAGAAUAAUCUAGCCAAAGUCAAUAAAUUCCUGCACAGAGAUAAUCUAAAAUGGACACAAAAAAUUUUCAAAGUGCUAUAUUUGAGAGAUAGAGUAAGCUAAGUGCUUCUUUUUAGCUCGGAGCUGAUCGUUUGUGCUAAACUGAAAUAAAUGAACUUCCAUCUUAAGUUACUAUUUAAAUUAAUUAAAAUUAAGAUGAUGUCAAUAAUUUUGAUACAAGAAGGACAAGAUACAGAUACAUUAAAUGCUGGGAAGACAACAGAGUUUAAAUUGUUGGAAUAUAUUAAGAUAUAGUUAAUAAUCUCUCUGGUCAAGCUCUAGAGAUUGCAACAAGCUCAAGCAAAAGUAACUAUAUAGUUAUUAAGUACUUCAAAGAUAAAGUAGCACAGCUUUUAUAAUUUAGUUCUAUGAAAUUCAGCCCUAUUUUAGGAAAUGGAUGUAACUAGUUUGACUAGUUAAAUAUGAUUAUUUAUGAGUUAGACGAUUUAAAUAAAAGAAAAAUGAUAAACUCUAAAAAAUUUGCUGAGUUUGUAGAAUAAUCAAUAAUUAAAGAAAUAUUAAAUGCAAGCUCUUUAAAAUAUGAGUCAAGACUUAAUCGCUACAAAGAACUGGCAAAAUCUUAUAAUAAAAAUAUUUAGCAUAUAGGAAGAAGCGCUGCAGAAUAAUACUAAGAUUAUUCUAAUAUAUUUUCUGAUCUUGCAGCCAAAGAUAUGAAGACAAAAAAUAAAAAAAAGCUGGUUAAAGACUUUUAAAAAAAGGACUUGUGUUAUAAUGAAUGGAUUUUUUUAAGUAAAGUAUUCAAGCAUUAUGAUUGCUUAAAAAAUUUUGGGAUAGAAACAAUUAAAUUUGUUAAGGAGCUUAAGGAACUAGAACUAUAGAGGGUUGAAGGUAUUAAAAAGAGUUUAGAACUCUAUGUUAACAGAUAUGAAGAAGUAUUUGGAAAGAUUCCUCAAGCAGGAUUAAAUUUGAUAAAGUUCGACAUUGAUUAAAAAUCUUAGUCAAAGCACUCUUCGAUUGUAAUACUUAAAUCCAGGUCUUUAAAAAAAUCAUAGGAUUGUAACUUAAUGCAAUAGAUUUAAAUUGGUAGAGAAGUAGAUUCAAAUGAAUCUUCCCCAAAUAAAUAAAAGCUUAAUACAUCAAAUCAUUCAUCAGAAAAUGAAGCUAAAGAUGCAAUAGAAAUGUAAAAUUUUACUAUUUAAGAUAUCUCGCUAAAUUAAAGUGGGGGUAAAAGAAAAUCUGGUAGCCCUGAAAGAUAUAUUAAUGGACUUAGUCCUUGCUAAUCUUAAACACUAGAUUCAAACAUACUGAGUAGAGAAGAUUAAAAUAAAAAUUAAAAACCUUUGAUCAAAUAAAUUGAAGAAUGUGAUGUAAACAAUGAAGUAAAUCCAUAUUUUACCUUAAAAAGUUACUUGCCAUCAGAAGAAUAGAAUUAUUUAAGAAAAUUGCAAGAAAUAAAUGAUGAAGAAGAAGUCGAGUUUGAUCAUUUAUUUAGAUUUAUUGAGAAAUUCUAGCUAAAAGAAAUAAAAUAAUCUUAGUUAGUAAGAAAAGAAUAUAAAGCACAGUAUGUAUAGCAAGGAUCAAAUAAAAAAGAAAUUAAGAAGGAUGUUUUAAUAAUCGUUACAUUUGAUUACAACUUAAUAAUAGUUGAAAGUCUUGCCUCUAACUUUUUCAAAAAACCAAUCUUUUUUAUAAGAGGAAGCCGCUCUAGAUAUAAUAAUAUUAAUAAUAAAAUUUAAGUUAUAGAACUAAACAACAUUCUUUUCAGAACAAAAAAUUACUAUACAUUUAUAUUUGACUAUUAACAAGAUUGUCAAAAUUUUAUAGAAACAAUGAAAGCUAAAUGA